GCAGAUUUUUUAAAACAUCUGUGCUAGAUACAUCUUUUUAACGAAAAUCUUUGGAUUUGAUAUUGCGUUGCGCAGUUACCGGUCUGUGGAUGUACAGUGUAUAUGGAAUUCUUGCAGAUUCAUGACACAAAGAGAAAGAGAAGAGCUGUUUUGACGCCCAAAGAGCGAAACAGUGAAAUGAAAUAUUAUCAAAACACACUGUGCAGGUUAGAAAAAUUUGGACUUGUGUGGUCAAGCUUUUUCAACGUGCUCCCAGACAUAAAAGUAUGUUUCUAAUAUCGUAAUACAAAAUGAGUUUAAUGAGGAGUCAACGGUACAUACAUAUAGACGUCAGAAGUUUUUGCAGUCGAAAUUUGUACAAUGCAGGUACCAAUGGGUCAGAAAGAUCGGGCACUCCUCCCGGGAUGUCUAUUAGGAACUCGUCCAAUCCAAAUGCUGGUCUUGGCGCGUGGACGGACGUCUUUAUACCCGGGAAAACUAUUCUGGGCUAUUAUGGCGGGAAAAUAGUGCCAGCAGCCACUGUUAAGGAUGGUUCAUAUGCGUGGAUUAUAAACAUACAGAAAGAAGAUUACAAAGUCGAUGCUGCCGACCCUUCUUACAGUAACUGGGUCCGGUAUGUGAACAGCCCCAGGACAGACGAGGAGGAGAAUGUUCUCCCGGUUAGAUGCAAAAGCAAGAUGUUCUAUGUCGUUCCCAGAGACAUCGCUCCCAACACCGAGCUGAUGGUGUCAUACGGACAUGGUUACGACAGAAGGCUGGGCACAGAAAGAAAUCACCCAGAUUCCGAGAUUCUUAAAGGGUCUUGGCAAAUUCGUAUUAACCACGUUCAUGUAGACCAAUAUGCAAAGCUGACAAAGUCCGACGGCUCUCCAGUUGUGUAUGCCAAUUUCCGUUACCCAAGGUUAAAUCUUGGAAAUGUGCAUAUAAAACUCCUACUGUCUCUUUAUGGAAGGCAAUGGUCGUGGGCAAAAGAAGAGGACUACUCGUUUUAUACAGAUCUCAAAGAUGGCUAUAUGAAAUAUCCGUUCAUUUGCGAGAAAACAGAGAUAUACUGGUGAUUAAAGACACAACAAACGAAAUUGAUUAAUUGUGUGUAUAUAUAUAUAUAUAUAUAUAUAUAUAUAUAUAUAUAUAUAUAUAUAUAUACAUGUAUAUAUAUAUCACAAUGCCGAUAGAGUAUACUCGACUAUUUUCUUCAAUUUUUCAGGAGUAUAUAUAUCUUUUCGUAAGAAUCAAAGUGUACAGAUCCAGAAAGACAACAUUCUUUUAUUUGGCACUUUUGAAAGUAUCUAAAACAUUAUCACCCACUUUGGUACGUACAUGUAUUUGAUACAUAUUUUUCUACACUUUGAGAGUUUUUGUGCAGUACCAAUCAACAUACAUUGUGUUUUCUUUACGCUCAUCAUAAGAUUAUUAUUUUCUAACCAUUUCAUAUAGAGUUUAAAAGAUCAUCGUGCAACCUUUGUUCAAUAACAUCAAUAGAUUUAUGUCAAAUAUCCUGUGAUGUAUCAUCUGCAUACAUCGAAACACUCGAGUGCUUCAGACAUUUAAGAUAAUAAUUAACAAAUAAAAUGAAGAACAAUGGGCCCAAUAUUGACCCCUGCGGUACUCCUAUUGUAACAUCUUUUUCAUCAGACAAAAACACUUUUCCAUGAAAGACAUCGCGAUUUUCCGCUAAGACAAGAUUGAAACCAUUUAAUUAACAGAAUUUUGACAAAUACCGAAUGAUAAAAGCUAGUGUAACAAUACUUGGUGAUUUACAGUCAGUGAGUGUCAAAGGCUUUACUAAAAUCAAUAAAAGAACACCUGUUAAUUUGCCAUUGUCUGUGUUACAUGUACUUA